AUGUCUACCCCAGCCCAAACACCCAUUGUUCAAUCUAGCUCUGCUACCAGUUUGCUUACUUGGAAAGAUCCGGUUGCCACCGGAAAAGUGUUCGGCGCCAUUAUCGGUGCCCUUCUCUUGGUGAAAAUAAACGUGGCCAACCACUUCUUCCACUUGGCCUACAUUGGCCUUUUGGCUGCCGCUGCUGCUGAGUAUGCUGGCAAGUUGGUUACCGGCCAAGGUUUCGUCACCAAAUACGUUGGCACUCCUAAGUCUCACUCGAAGGUGUUCAAAGAGUCUGUUUUGCCAGCACUUGCCGAUGCCUCCGAGUGUGCUGAAAAGAGAUUGCACAAGAUCAUCUUUGCCCAGGACAUUGAGGCCACUUUGAAGGCUGCUGGUGCCGCUUACAUCUUGUUUAAGUUGACCUCAUGGUUUUCUGUCUACAGUCUUAUCUUCACCUCCGUGUUGUUGACUUUCUCUGUUCCUCUUGUCUACCAAAGCAACAAGAAGGAAAUUGACGCUGCUGUUGCGCAAUACUCCAAGAUUGCCAAGGAAAAGUCCGCUGAAUACACCAAGAUUGCUCAUGAUAAGGCUGCUCCUCAUAUUGAUGCUUUCAUCAAGAAGUCUGGUCCUGUGGGAAACUUCAUCCAAUCAAAGUUCUCUACCAGAACCGCUGGUUCCACUGUCGGUGCUAAGCCAGCCCAAGAACCAGCCACUGGUUACUCUUCUGGCUCCUCCCAAUUCCCAGACGUCCCUUCUGCUGCUCCAAGCUCUAUCUCCGAGGUCGUGGACGAAACUUUUGUGGACAAGACCCAACUCCCAGAAGAACUGCACUUGUAA